AUGAAGGCCAAGCUUCUCCGGAAGCAGGAGCGCGAUGCCAUGGACCAGGAGCGCAAGAAGUUCGCUGAUGAGCUGGAAGCGGCAGAGAAUGCGCACCGCGUGAAGCAGCAGGCCCAGGACCAGCAAGAUCGCGAGACUCUUCAGAAAGAAAGAGAGAGGCUUGCGGAGGCGCAGCGUAUGCGUGAUGAGGAGCGGAAACGACAGGCUGAGGCUGAGCAAACGAUGGAUGACUUGGCUGAAGCGAAGAGAAGGAUCAAAGAGAGGAAAGAGGAGAGAGCAAGAAAGAAGCAAGCCAAGGAGUCCAUGAAGGCGUCUGGUCAACCAAAGGGCCCAGCAAACGGGGUUGUUCUUGUACCGGGCGAUUACGUGGUUGAAACUGGGACGACUACAAAGCAGUACUGGGAGCUCGUCUGUGACAAACUUCGAGCUGUCCAGGCAGUGAAAAACAUCAACCAAGAAGAUGCGGGCUCAGAUCAGUCUAGAAAGGCUGAGCUGCAGGUACAGGAGAUACGGCGGCAAAUUGCCGAGGCGGAGACGAAAUAUCGACAGGAAGCGACAGCUGUGAAAUGAUUCCCCUGCUUGCGCGUUUUGCAAACUCAAACGAAUAACGCAGCAUGGCUAUAUCAUCAUCCUGCCAAAACCAUUCAGAAUCAAUGUCCUCUUCUUCAGGGUUUGGCAGUCGGUUGAGCUUCAUUUACAUCAGCAUCAAGCCCCGGAUGAUAAGGCGACAAAAGGCAUACAGCCCCGGAUUGUACCUCUACUUCCCAGCGAAAUAGGUCGCAUGGUCCCGUUCUUGCUCAAAUCAACAAUGCAUUCCAGCAACGGAGGUUCAUCUAGAUGGGGAGAAAGAAAGGCGAAAUGAGCAAAGCUCCACGAGUGCUCAGCAGGAUAUCAAGUACGAUUGUUUCUUACCAAGCCCGCUUUCAUUCGUCUUGCUAAUAAAACGCUAAGGGAUGUUGGAUAGUCCUGCUUGAAGAUGAAUAGAAUUAUCAAACCCACCGAGACCGUGCCUCUUAAUGCAGCUAAAAAUGGCUGAGACCCUUGAUGACAUGAUAUGCCGACCUGUCCAGUGUUCUAAAACCCGAAAUCCUCAGACGGAUAUAAAACGUUGGGGAUGGUCAUUUUGGACCGAAAUGCGACAGCCGUAUGACCUGACCAGCAAAUUACACUGGGGCAGCUGAACGGAGAUGAGGGGUUACUUAUUCACCGUGAUCACAUGGAGUAUUACCAUUCAAAAGCGUCAACUUGCAUGGGCUAGCACUUAGUGGCAUAGGUUUGGAUGAGCGGCCGUGUGAGGGAGCAUGGAUGUUAAGCCCAUCAUCAUCAUCGGAUCGCCAAACAGCCAGCGUCUUUGGAGCUUUCCACCAUCGCAUAUGCCGGGAAGCAUCGAGCAAUUGCGGGUUGGUACACAGCACCAGUGCAUCAUACGAUAUCUGUAUAUAGCAUGGCCUCCGAUACAGGCCCGUCGCCCCCGACACAACGGAGGGUAGAUGAGAGCAUCCAUGCUUCAAUCAACCAUCAGAUAGAUAGUUUCUUCGUUCGAAAUGGAUUUGACCCUCAAACACGAAUCGCAUGCGACAGCUUCGCUGCUUCUGUCUCAUGUGGUAGGAAGUGUUUCCCGGCGCAGCAUCAGGGCUAUUGUUCGUAUACCGUUUUCCUGUCAACCCGCCAUAUUCUCCAAUUCCGACCAGCCCAGUUCAAGCUGGAUAUGCAAGUCUGCCGCGAGGCUAGAGAAAUAUAUGGCGCCCUGGUUCCAACAACCUCCUAUAUGGGGACUGUUGAUGCGCGAGCGCUGGGAAGGCCGACCAUCCGAGGGGCGCUACACGUAUACCUCCAAGACGUAAUCCCAGGAAUCAGUUUGGAAGCGUUGCGCCACAUGCCAUGCUUCUCAUUCAAGCACCGAGAAAACCUUAUCGGGGACCUUGCGGACGUAUUCGCAACUGGCUUCCAUCAGGGGAAGCUCCCGAAAACAGCAAUCAAAGGUGGCAAAGGUGCUUUCAGCAGAGGGAUAGUUGGUAGAACUUUGACUGAGCGCCUAUCUCUCCUAGAAGCGCUCUCCGGGCCGGAGUCAAAGUACGUGGAGCAAGUUCAACAGCAAGCUGAAGUGAUAGAAUCGAAGAUGCCCUGGUGUUUUACACAUGGAGACUUGGUACCCGCAAACAUCAUGGUGAAUCCCGACACGGGCCAUCUCACUGGCCUGAUUGACUGGGCAGAAGGUGAAUGGCUUCCUCUAGGCACGGGUUUGUACGGCCUUGAAGAGAUGCUCGGGCAGGUCUCAGCAGAUGGAAAGGCUUUCGAGUACUACGAAGAUCAUUUGUAUCUGCGAUCGAAGUUCUGGAACAGAUUCACAGUCCUCGCAGCCUCCUCUCCUCCCGUUUUCCAAGCCCGAAGUUACAUGGAGCAUGUACGGACGGGUCGCACCCUCGGCAUACUUUUGUGGCGUGGGAUCGCUUUUGAUGAUGGCAAAAUUGACCGUGUUGUAAGUGAAGAUAGGGACGAGCUCGAGAUAGUCAAACUACGACUGUUUCUGGAAGCACCAACCCCUCCGGAUUUCAACUGGAGACACCGAGCCUGGCUUUCAUGCAUCUGGCUGCUGCGUUUAGUAUUCUUUCGGCCUCCUUCCACUAAAGGCAAGGCCGUCGCAGCGAAAGUCGCCAAGGACCAGAUCACCAAGGUGGAUAUCGAGUAUGGAGGUAAACGUGUGGCUGAUUAA